AUGGCGCACGGCAGCAGGCUCUUCCUCCUCCUGGAGGCCCUGCUCUUCUCGGCGCUGCUGCUCCUCCCUGCACGCCCUUCAGCCGCAGACGGCAGCGGCAGCACGUCGUACCCAGCCGACUGCCCCUACCCGUGCCUGCCUCCACCCACUGCCCCCGCCGUCUUCACCAACUGCCCACCGCCACCGGCGGCGCCAUCCUCCACGUACUCGAACCCGCCGCCGCCAGCGCCGUCCUCCUACAACACGCCGCCGUCGUCCUCCUGGAGCUACCCACCGCCGCCGCCGCCGGGGGGCUACAUUCCCUACUUCCAGCCUCCGGCGGGAGGUGGUGGUGGCGGUGGGGGGUACGGCUACCCGGCGCCGCCGCCGCCCAACCCCAUCCUGCCAUGGUACCCCUGGUACUACAAGACGCCGCCGUCGUCCGCGGCGGUCACGUUGGCCAGGGGGAGUUCUAGUGUUCUUAGCUUGUUGGCCGCCGUGCUAGCUGCUGGCCUGCUGAUCAUGGCUUAG